ACAGGUUUACCUACACGAGCAGAGCCGUUACCUGAUUGGCGCGCACACAGCCAUCGUCUUUGUGUGCAUCAGUAAUGAUUAUAGAUUAGACACAGCCGAAACGAUAGUACGAUUACCUACCGAGUAUCUCCCAUUUCAUUCUCUCGUCUUCGACCGUCGACGGACUGUGGCUUGAAGAAGCGAACAUGACCAUAAGAAAUGUACGGGACCACGGGCAGCGAUACAGACCGCGUAUGGCAUGCCUGAAGAAGGUGGAGAAUGUGGUGUUGGAGAUGCAGGACCCCAAAACUGGAGUGAAAUCUCAGACCCAGAGGCUUGUAAUCACCACCAUCCCACAUGCUAUAACAGGGGAAGAUAUUGUUGCAUGGAUCGUUAAUCGAUUCAAAAUAGAUGCUACAGAGGCCCGAGCUAUGGGGACCAUGAUGGUAGCGUUUGGGUACAUCUAUCCAUUACAAGAUCAUAAGAGACUUAUCCUUAAACCAGACACAUCCCUGUACCGCUUUCAGACCCCAUAUUUUUGGCCCGCGCAGCAGUGGCCGGUGGAAGACACAGACUAUGCAAUUUACCUGGCAAAGAGAAAUAUACGCAAGAAAGGGAUGUUGGAGCUGUAUGAACAGGAACAGUACAACAAUCUUUACAAAUGGAUGAAUCACAAGUGGGAUUUUAUUGUAAUGCAGGCCAAAGAGCAGUACAGGGCGGGUAAGGAGAGGAAGAAGCCAGACCGGGUGGUCUUUGACUGUCAGGAACGGGCCUACUGGGUUGUACAUCGGCCACCGCCGGGAACAGUUAGUGCCAUGGACUAUGGACACGACAGGAUGGUGGACCCCAAUAUUGAGGAGAAAAAAACAUCUGACUACUUCAGAAGAAUUAUUAUGUUCACUCAGCAGUGUAUCAUGAGACCAAGGGUGAAGUCGUCGGUGUCAAUUGGAGCACUUGUUAAGUACACAACAACAUACAAAGAGCAUGACCCUUUUCUCCACGCCUGCCUCCCAAGCAACCCCUGGUUAACAGAUGAUGUUACAUAUUGGACCCUCAACAUGCCAAAUGUUGAGACCUCUACUAAAAUGAGGGUGGAGCGCUGGACUUUCAGCUUUGGAGAACUGCUUAUGGACCCUCGGGGAAGGGCAGAUUUCCGCCUUUUCCUUAAAAAAGAGUUCAGUGGUGAGAAUCUUGCCUUCUGGGAGGCAUGUGAGGAUUUGAAAUGGGGUGCUGCAGAGACAAUGAAAGAAAAGGCCCAGCAAAUAUAUAAGACCUUUUUGGCCCGUGGAGCUCCACGUUGGAUCAACAUUGAUGGCAAAACAAUGGACAUAACAGUGAAGGGUCUGGCACAUCCUCAUCGUUAUGUACUGGAUGCUGCCCAGACUCACAUUUACAUGCUCAUGAAAAAGGACUCAUACGGGCGAUAUCUCAAGUCCCCAGUCUUUAAGGAGACUCAAAAGAAGGCCAUUGCUCCUGAACCACACCGAUUCACUGAAACGCAGUUGGAGCAGAAUGCCAAGAGAAGGCGGCCCAGCCUGAGUCCCAUCAUCCUCAGACAGCAGGAGGAAGAACAGAAGGCCAAACUAGCAGCGAGUGGCCCGGUGGACAUCACACAGGUCAUGAGCAAACUGGAAAAGAAACAGAAAAACUGAACCUAGAGAGCUAGAACACAAAUAGAUAUAAGCAAAUAUUUAUGAAAGGAAAAUCUCCUUUCUGGUCAAAGCAAUAAACAGAUUUGCAAGCCAAUGUAUUUAUAUAGAGAACACGGUCUGUGCUUGUAAUAUUACAGAUAUUUCUAUUUUUUGAAGGUUUGCUUGAUAUAUUUUAGAAAUAGAAUCAAAAAGUUCCAUUAAGCCUUUUUAUUAGCUCAUUAUGUCAUUCUUUCGCUGUCUUGUCAUUCACAAUAAUUUUUAAUCUUUGUCAUACUUAUGUUUUGUCAAACUUCAUACAUCUCCGUUUUUACUUCAUACAACCAAAAAUAAUCAGAUGUUGUCCUCCCCAUUACAACAGAUUGUUUUUUCUCAUGUUUGUUUCAUUUAAAAGUUGCUGUAAAUCCUGAAUUUAUUAAAAUGCAUACUAAAACCAUUUUUGCCAUCUGUUGUCACAUCAUUUGUCUUUGGCAUUUGUGGUUGCUGUUGAGUGAAAUGUAUAUAUGUAUCUCAUCAGUUUGUGCAUAGUCUUGUCUAAAACAACUUUGACCUCGUGUCAUUAACUGUCAUUAGCACAAAAGUUCUUUUUUCUAUACAGUGAAAGUGAAUGGUGACCUUGGAGAGAAUAGAGGACUUUCAAGACAAGAAUAAGUGCAGCAUGAGUCAUUGCAUCUUUCACUGUAUCGAAGAUAAAUAUCCUGCUAAACAUUUUGUUGUAGUAUACCUCAGAAGAAAUGGGUUUAGAGCAACAUGAGGGUGGGUAAAAGUGUCGCCAAUAUAUUGCUGUUUAGUAUGCUGCUGAAAAAUACUGUGGAUACUAAAUAUAAAUACUAAGAUUUAUGAAAUUGCUAAAUUAGGUGAAAAUUUAUUAACAUUUUAGCUUGAUUCUAUUUCAUUUCUAAUCAAUGUGUGUAGUCAAAAAUAUAUCUGUAAUUAAUUUAAACAUGAAUGAUAGGAUAAGAUGAAAAGACAACAUAUUACAGCAAGAUUGCAAAGCACAGAUAUUAAAUAAUCUAUUGAAAUUAAUAACUAAGCUAAUCUAUAAAAAAGGUACAACAGCUGUCACUGGGGUGGUGUUCUUUUUGUAAUUUGACUUUUUAUGAAAGUCACUGUCCUAAUGGCUGCUUUUGUAAUUUUUUUUUUCUGAAAAAGUAACACCAACUGCCUUAAAUAUAGGAUGCAAAUUUAUGGUAAAAACAGUGCCUUGAAAAUAUUUGUAUCUUUGUGUGCAUUAUAUUGUGAUCACUAGAUGCCAUGUUGCUCUCACACAAAUGCAGUUAUUUUAUUUGCAUAUAUUUAAAACAUAAUUUUUCAUAAUUCAUAAUUCUAAAACAUUAAUUAAUUGUUAUGAAUGGACAGUUAUAAAGCGGUAUACACACAGACCAGCACAGUUAUAGAACUAUAUACUGUAUACUGUGUGCAACUUUUACAAUAGUUCAAACGUUCAUUGAUGCUCCAGAAGGAAAGAAGAUGCAUAAAGAGGAUGGGGGUGAAAACUUUUGAACAGAGUGCAUUUUUUCUUAUUUUGUUUAAAUAUUAUAUUUUUAAAUGUAACAACACCCUUCAGAAGCUACAGAACGUACUUACAUGUUUCACAGAAGACAAAAUCAGUACAAUUUACCCUGACCAUCAAAUUUUUAAACAUAUCAUACACAUUUACACUGUCCUUCAAGACUUUGGAAACACCCCUGGCGCAGUCUGGUUUUGGAUGGCAUAAAUCCUUAUCAUUUUCUGGUGCAAACGCUGUACAUUAAAGUAACUUGACAUUAUCAAUUAAUGCCAGUAUUGUCCAAAACCCCACUUUUCUAGCUUCCAAACUUUUGGAGGCCAUUGUAAUUGAUUCAUUGGACGGACUUUUGCCAGAAAUGCACAGGUUACUCAGCAAAAACGGUAUUUUGCACUAAUACAUACUUUGUCCAACAGCUCUGCCGGUUCACAGCACCUGUGCCUCACCUAGCCGUGUAUACAGGUAUUUGUGAAGCGCAGUCCACCGCUUCCCCUGGGCUCAUGACACUGCCCAACAGCGCUGCCUGCCCGUCUCCCAUCAGCGUCGCCAUCGACAG